AUGCGACGAUAUGGUGGUUCCAAGUCACGUGUCCCCAUUGUGGGUAUUCUUCUAGAGGGUGGUCAGCAGACGUUCCGCACAAUCUUCGAAUUGGUCACCGGGCGAUAUCCAGUCCCAGUGGUUGUCUGUGAUGGAAGCGGUCGCGCUGCGGAUCUACUCGCAUUUAUGCAUCGAUAUGCGAACGAAGAAGGCGAUCUUCCGGGGCCUGUGAAAGAGCAAAUUAUUUCGUGCAUUGGCCGUGCAUUCCAAUUACCGCGUCACGAUUCCGUUGGAUUGUAUAGUGAAUUGCGCUUAUGCAUGAAACGACGACACUUGAUCAGUGUUUUUCGCAUGGGUGAAGGAGAUAGUGAUGAGAUCGACAUCACCAUCCUCACUGCGUUGCUUCAAGUGUCCGGACAGAAGCUCACACCCGCCGAACAGUUAUCCCUUACAAUGGCCUGGGAUCGUCCGGAUAUUGCAUGGUCCAAAGUGUUCAAUUCCUGUCACAAUUGGACGACCACCACUUUAGAAAAUGCCAUGGCCGAUGCACUCCUCAAUGAUCGUCUGGAGUUCGUACGUCUUUUACUAGCAAAGGGAGUGAAUAUGCAGCGUUUUCUAACCGUGGAGAGACUAGAGGAGUUAUACAUUGCCGCUGGCGACGCUAACAACCGUUCGUUUCACGGUUUAUUCGCGAAAAUCAUGGGCGUGAGACAAGCAAUCAACCUGCGUUCAAUUGGUCAUCUCAUCGAACAUUUGAUCGGCGGUGGUUACCAGCAUAGUUAUUGUGAUAAAUCUGGUCCGGGGCACACCACAUGUGCCCACACGGGUCUUUGUCGAGAAUGCACUCUGUGCCCUUCGGAGUCACAAUUGGCCGGUCUUGUGGCGAAGUCGUUAAACGAGUCAAAGUCUGCUUCCCCCUUUAUCACUGGCCCCAUGACUACGGAGCAACCGACUUUGUCGUCAACUGCAAGUCAAUUCAAUUUACCUGCCGGGACUGCCUUCGUGAUCACUGGUCCUGUCUACCACACGAAACCUCAUUUGCACCGUUCGUUCCGUUAUCCAUACACAGAGCUACUCCAAUGGGCGUUACUGACUCGUCGCUACAAAAUGGCCCGGUUCAUGGUGCUUGCUGGUGAGGAAUCGAUCGCAAAGGCAUUGUUCUCCGUCAAAUUGCUCCGAAGCAUACGACACGCGACAGUGGAUGAGGAAUCCGAAGUGGAGUUGACUAACGAAUUCCGCGCGCAUGAGAAUUCCUUCGAGCAGUUGGCUGUAGACUUACAGGCACACUGUUAUCGACACGACCCGCUCCAAGCCAAGCGACUGCUUACCUACGAACUUCACGCAUUCUCCAACAACACUUGCCUCAGUCUGGCCUAUAUGUGCGAAUCGAAGGAAUUCAUUGGUCACGUAUGUACGCAAUCCAUCCUGAAUGACCUUUGGUAUGGUGGUCUGCGAAAGGGGAAGUUUGUCAGUCUGAAAGUUGCUCUACUCUUGAUCGGGAUGGCUUUUCCACCUUUUUACCCUUUCAUUGCUUACUGCUUUUCUACGCGGAGCAAGUUCCUCGAAUUCAAAACGAAAGAAGAAUUGGCUCAACAGCCUCAGACUUUGCAGGAAUAUCUCAAUGAUUUGGAGGAUAGUUCCUCAUCCAGUUCUUCAUCCUCGUCGUCUUCGUCGUCCCCAUCGCCCACUACACGCUCCAAAUCAUCUAGUCCGCGAUCGUCUAUCUUUAUCAGUGCUACCAUCCCCACGGUCUCCCAGGGUGAUAGUGUCGGUGGUGGUGACGCGCCGGUGCGACACACAGACCGGAUAAGUGAGUCCCAUCGCGCGAACAGUCUUUUCGCCAUGGAUACUGGAUUAGCUACCCUCACUGUCCCAGCCGACUCAAACCAGCCUGCUCGUCGGUCGAGCCGUAACAAACGUCGCAAACAUGGAAAAAGUCACCACUCCAGCAGACCAAGUCGAUCUCAAUCUGAUGGCCAGGCGGUGCACAACGUUAGUGACGUGUGCAAUCGCACUGACUUUGUCGGGGUGAACAAUUCAACUGUCGGGCCACCUGCUAUUAAUUCAAGCGCCCGACUCACAGCCCCAGAGUCUCACUCCAAACCCAAAGGGUUCGGGAAGCUUUCCUCGUGGUACAAAGCGAUAGGCCUCGUUCUUCCGAACAAAACACGCUCUUCGAAAACAAUUGCGCAGCCGAAGGACAUUUGUGGUGCGGGAAACGGUGAUUCGCUCCACCUGCAGAACCACGUGAGACGUGAACUCGCAUUCGUCUCACCAGACAGACACGAAGAUAACGUCGUGACGCUCGCCAUUUCCGCUCCUACCUCGGGUACCGUGACUCUUGAUGCGGUGAAGGUUACACCUGCAUGCAGCAUACAAACCAUCACCGAGACUUCCGUCGCUCAUUUAACGCGCCCUUCAGAUGGUACAUUAGACACCAUACCCUGUCGCCGUUCCUUCUUUCUUCCGAGCACACAACCCGUUUCUGCCUCAGACCAUCUUCCCCCACCUCUUCUUGCGACAACCAAGCAAAAUCGCCUCAGCAUUCAAUCUAGUCCAAUCGUCUCGUCCGGUGCACAAAUCUAUCCCACGCCCAGUCAGAGCGUUAGACGGGCUGUACCACUCAGGUCAAACCUGGCCGCCUUGCUUCCAUCAAACCACUAUGCUUCCGUUGCUGCAACUGCCCGACAGCCUACGCGACACCGGUCGACAAGUUCAAGGCGUGUUGGACGCACGGUGACUGAUAGCGGAGUUUCAAAUGCGGUUCGUCCACCGCACGUUUUUACCGCACCUCCCACUGACUCACAACAGUAUGUGUGGAGUACUGUCACUGGGAAGUAUGUUCGCUCUGAACACACUGCAUGCGGCACAUGUAGUCACAAGAAAGGCAAGUUUAAUGUCUGCGAUUGCUCCAGCAUUCCCUGGCAUGUGGGCUUGGAGUUCCCGUCAUCGACGACUCCCAAUCGUCCGUUAUCCUGGCGCAAAAGAAUAUACGAAUUUUUCAGUGCUCCUGUCACGCGCUUUUAUCUCCAUGUGUUUCUCUACCUAGUCUUCAUCAUUCUUUACAUUGGCUUGUCAAUCCACACGAUACCUGCCAAUUCCUGGUCCUUUUUGGAGCUCUACGUCUAUCUGCACAUCCUGACUUACUUCUUGGACAAAUUUCGUGAGCUUGCGCUUAUCAAAGGAGGAAGCUGGUAUCAAAAGGUCCGUAUUCACCUCGCUUCUCUGUGGAACAUUUACGACACAGUUAUGUGCUCGUUGUCCCUUAUCGGUAUAAUCCUACGCUACAUUGGUGUAAUCCAUCCACCCAUAUAUAUGUGGGGGAAGAAUCUGCUGAUUAUAUGUUGUUCCAUCUGGCAAAUGCGCUUCUUGGAGUUGAUGCAAAUCUGGCGCUUCUCUGGACCCUACAUUUACAUGGUGCUUAUGAUGAUACGCGUAAUGGUUCCCAUACUGACGCUCCUGUUCCUGCCCCUUGUGGCUUUUGGCACUCUGCGCGAGGGUAUCAUGUAUCCAAAUCGGACCUACAUCACCCUGAAUGCAGUCAAGGGAAUCAUGCUGAAGCCGUACUUUAUGUUGUAUGGCGAAGUCUAUGCUCCCGAGAUUGAUCCUGACGACUUUCCACCUGAAUCCGUUAACGCUCCUCUGCGCGAAGUUGUACCAAUCUCCAUGGUGAUCUACAUGCUGUACGCCAUCAUCCUCUUUCUCAGUGUGAUCAUUGCCACAUUCAACGAUAUCUUCGCUCGGGUUCGACAACAGUCAGAGUUGGUCUACAAUUACCUACGUUAUGCCGUGAUCAUCGAAUACGAAUCUCGCCCGUUGCUGCCGCCUCCAUUUAUAAUCAUCUCCUGGAUCUAUUCACUGAUUCGUUAUAUACACCGUGUCCGCAAGAAGCGUCUAGUUCCAUUCUCGCGCUCCGGUUGCGCAGGCUCCGACAAAAAGCAGAGCGGCUCCGAACCAAGCGAAGCGCCAAGCCAAGGACCACCGUCGAAAGGAGGGUCACUUCGUUCCGGUGACAAGCAUGACUGGUUGACGCAGGCAUCCUCUACCAGGGAAACUUCUGCGGGGUUGAAGCUGUUCCUCAGUCCGGAAGAAGUGGAGAAACUUCACGAUUUCGAGGAGGAAUGUGUGGACGACUUCUGGCGGGAGGCCCGCAAACAGGAAAAACUCGAUGCCAACCGACACCAGGACGUAGUAAACAAAAGGCUGGAUCACAUGCAAUUUCGAUUGGGGGAAAUUCACAUGCACCAGAAUCAUCUCCGCGGCAUGGUGGGCUUAGUAGAAGACCAGGUCCGUGCCAUCGAGGAUACCUUGCUUCAUUUAAGUAGCCGCGGAGCGGACCAACCAAGUGCCCAGCAGCUUCAAAAAGACGCCAUGUUUGUCGAAACUCUUUUAUGGCUCAUAAAUCAGACUCAGUUGCAAUCUGCAGCCCCUAGUCUUGGCGACCCCACUCCUCAGACAGUACAGCAACACAGUCAACAGGAAGCAAACAUCCCUAACUCAGAUCUGGAAAGGUUGACUAACUGCCUUAAGCUAUUCACAGCUCAGUCUGCGGAAAAUCGGCGUCUUCCAUCUUUUCAUGCUCAGCACAGCCGGAGUUCCGCUGUCCAUGAACGUUCUCCCUCACCUUCAAGCCGGGGCACUCGACAUCGUGCAUCGCGUGAACAACGUACCUCCGCUCCUUCUGCUUCACUUCUAGCCGCGGGUUCACAACCCGGUGCCGACCGUUACGCAGAGUAUUCCAAACACAGAAUUUCAUUCGGGCGUUCUCGAGCUGCCUCCUAUCGCGGUCAGGACUAUACAUACAAGGAGUACACCACUAUCUGUGAUGAAAUCGAUAUCUCUUGCUUCAGCGCGUCGAGCAGCUCAACCACAAGCCCCACGGGCUCGCAUACUGAUUUGGCUGCGAUGGGCCAAGGAUCUGAUGUGCGCCAUAUUCAAGCUGACACAACUCAACCGACUAGACAAACCAGAGUUCCCAAGAUUCGGGUUGCUGAGGUGCAAACUCCAGUCCAUCUUAAAGUGCCCGGAAACUCGGAACAGCUGGCCGAUGCUUUUAUCAUCACAAGACCGCGCCAGCUCGAACGCACAAACCUAAUACUUCCACUUCGUCCGUCUUCCAGUUCUUUGAGCGCCAGUCGGGCCGCCUCUUCAGAUUCAAUCGGCCGAUUGAGGCCGAAAGACGUUGCACUUGAGGAGUACAGCGACGCCGCUCCCACUCAUGGUCCAUACGGGCUAUCGGCGCAGCCGGAAUCCUCAGACGAGGACUCAAUCGGUGAUUCAUUACAUUUGGAAGGCAUAACGCGCAAUUCUGACGUGCGGCUGGGUACGCGACGGUCGCAUGUUAAACCAGAGGCAACUGAGUCACUCCCAGCAGAUAGACCCUAUUCUCCUGAACUUAAGCCGUCUGCUAGCAGUCCGAGUUUUACGAUGUUCGACACUGCAUCCGCUGAUACGUAUCCGCGUUUUCACACAAUUGACGCGCACAGGGAAUCCAUCGAAACACGAAUUUCUCAGGAGGACGUGGAUAAUGAGGAAGAAGAGGAUGAAUUGCAAGCAAAGGAGGAGGAAGCAAGGCAAGACGAGGAAUUGUCGGAGGAUCUGAGUGAAGAAGAGGCUGGCCUGCAGCAGGCUGAAAAGGCGGAGCGAGCCGAACUACGGAGUGUGUUGAUUCGACGCUUGCGCCGACUCUCCAUCGCAUCCUCUUCGUUGAGAACUGCACUCCCUCCACGCCCCUCUAGACGGAAAUUGAAUCCGCCGGGCAUGGGCACUGAUUCGGAAGAACGUGUAUUGCCGCAUUCGCCACAAGCAACCGGUCCCGGCCCAGACACUCGCUUCGAUUCGAGAGCAAGCGGCCGCGUUGAUGCCACUGGUGAACAAAUUGAUGAUCAGAGCUUACGGCGGGCUCCCUCGAUUUUGCACGCAGACCAUCGCGGUUUGGAAUUCUCAGACACCGCGGUCGAUGAUCCGACUGCGUUUGGCCCAGCAGACGUGGGUGAUUUUUUGUCUCACAACGCUCGAGAAGAAGAUGCAAUAGACCCAGACUUGGAUUUGGAUCUGUAUUCCCUCGCCACCCGAACGUCCAGCCUUCGUUGGAGUACAGAAUCACAACGUCUCACUGACUCGGUUCCUACUCCCCUGGAAGACACAAAGAUUCGUGAUCCAAAUGCCGAUGACGAACCACUUUGA